AUGGAGCAAGACUCACACUGCACAGCAGACAGGGAACUGUUGGAAGCUGUAAGCAGGAUUACUACAUUUUCUACCACGAGUCCAUCUGAUGAAGAACAAAAUCAACCCAAAGCUGAAAUUUCAUGUCAAGUGAGAAAAGAAAACCCAGAAAAAGAUGACCUGCAAGAUUCCAAUGCAUCCCUAAGUCCCAAUUCUUCGAUGACAACUAAGGAGCUUCAGGAAUAUUGGAAGAAUGAAAAACGCCAGUGCAGACAAGUCAAACUCCUUUUUGAAAUCCCAUCAACCAGAAUUGUAGAGCACCACUUAUCUAAAUAUGUGAUGUAUAAAAUCAUCAUUUUGCAAACAGGGAGUUUUGACAGCAACAAGUCUGUAAUUGAACGGCGUUAUUCAGAUUUUGAGAAACUGCACAGAAAUCUGCUGGAGGAGUUUAGUGAAGAAAUGGAAGAUGUGACCUUUCCCAAAAAAACUCUAACAGGGAACUUCACAGAAGAAAUAAUCAAUGAGAGAAAAUUAGCCUUCAAGGACUACCUGAGACUUCUAUAUUCUAUGAAAUAUAUCCGAAGAUCAAAAAAAUUUAUUGACUUUUUGACAAGGCCAGAGCUUCAGGAAGCAUAUGGUUGCCUGCGGGGUGGCCAGUACACCAAAGCUUUGGAAAUCCUUUUAGAAGUCAUUGGUCUGCAGGAAAGGCUGACGAGAGGCAACCCUGUCUCAAUUGUCCCUACUCUCUGUGCUGUCGUGGUGUGCCACAAGGACCUGGAAAACCCAGCAAGUGCCUUUGAAUAUGGAGAAAAAGCCCUAUCACGCCUUCGUGUGCAUACCAGCCACAGGUAUUAUAUUCCAUUGUUAGAAACAAUGAUCACUUUGGCUUAUGAACUUGGGAAGGAUUUUCUGUCUUUGCAAGAAAAACUGGAAGAAUGGAAGGCAAAAAAAGAUCCCAUACGGGUUUUUACCCUGAAAGAACUUGCAGUUCGGGAGUAUGUACAAUGAACACAAGAAAAAAUUUCAUUA